CCGCCCCUGAAUGUGCCCGGGGUUGGCGCGGGCUCGGGGUUAUUUUGGGAGCUCUGCCCUGGUGUGCGUUGACCCCGGGACUCGGGUUCCACGCCAGGAUCCCCCUCCCCCAUGCUGUCACCCGGCUCCGCUUGGGGCGCGCUGUCCAGCACCCCCUGCCCGCCCCCACCGCCCGCGGCAGCUUGGGGUCUGGUACGCACUUGUUGGCCAAGCGGGUCCGCAGCAGCCCGGGCCGCGCACCCGGGCUCUAGAAACCGGUUCCUUGCCGUGUACCCCAUCUUUUCCACGGGUCCCGGGCUCUGCGCGCAGCGCCUGCCGCGUCUGGGGCGAAAGCAGCUGCCUGGGAAUCAGCCUGCGCCCUGCGCUCUGCGCCCCUGGCGCCCAGCCCCCAGCCUGGACCGCGCCGCAGCUCUGCUGCCCUGGCUUUGGGCUUCCGCACGUCCCAAGACCUCCACGGAGGCCUCAGCCCUCCGAAGCUCAGAGGACACGGCUCCUCUCCCAACUGGACAAGUUCAAGAUGCUCAGCCCAAGCCGCAGAAUGCGGUCACCAUCGCCGUGUCCUCCCGCGCUCUGUUCCGCAUGGACGAGGAGCAGCGCAUCUACACGGAGCAGGGCGUGGAGGAGUAUGUGCGCUACCAGCUGGACCACGAGAACGAGCCCUUCACCCCAGGCCCGGCCUUCCCCUUCGUGAAGGCUCUGGAGGCUGUGAACAAACGGCUGCGGGAGCUGUACCCCGACAGUGAGGAUAUCUUCGACAUUGUCCUCAUGACCAACAACCACGCCCAAGUGGGCGUCCGUCUCAUCAACAGCAUCAACCACUAUGACCUGUUCAUCGAGAGGUUCUGCAUGACCGGUGGGAACAGCCCCAUCUGCUACCUCAAGGCUUAUCACACCAACCUCUACUUGUCCGCUGACUCCGACAAAGUGCGGGAAGCCAUUGAUGAAGGGAUCGCGGCCGCCACCAUCUUCAGCCCCAGCAGAGACGUGACUGUGUCCCAGAACCAGCUGCGCGUGGCCUUUGAUGGCGACGCCGUGCUCUUCUCCGACGAGUCCGAGCGCAUCGUCAAGGCCCACGGGCUGGACCGCUUCUUUGAGCACGAGAAGGCACAUGAGAACAAGCCUUUGGCCCAGGGCCCCUUAAAGGGCUUUCUGGAAGCUCUGGGGCGGCUGCAGAAAAAGUUCUACUCCAAAGGUCUGCGGCUGGAGUGUCCGAUCCGCACCUACUUGGUGACGGCACGCAGCGCUGCCAGCUCGGGGGCCCGGGCUCUCAAGACCCUGCGGAGCUGGGGGCUGGAGACGGAUGAGGCGCUGUUCCUCGCUGGCGCGCCCAAGGGCCCCCUCCUUGAGAAGAUCCGCCCGCACAUCUUCUUCGAUGACCAGAUGUUCCACGUGGCUGGGGCUCAGGAGAUGGGCACUGUGGCUGCCCACGUGCCUUAUGGCGUGGCCCAGGCACCCCGGCGGACUGUGCCCACAAAGCCGGCCCCACCUGCACAGUAGCUGAGCCCAGGCCUUAUUGAUGCCCCCGGACACCAGAUCCUUCUGGUUCCGUGGCGCCCUUCCCUCUGCAUGUCUUCUGUCAUCCCCAAGGCGCGGGGUGGGAGAUGGCACAGACCGGCUCAGCCUUCUCACCUGCCCCCUCCCAUCUGAGGGCACACACAGUGGCACAAUCUUGCCAGGAGAGUCAGUGUACCUGGAUUUGGGGGAGAGGUAGAUAGAAUGAGGGGAUGAACGGGGGAGCUUUAAAGGACGCCAGUGUGGAAAACAAGCUGAGUCUCAAAGAACAGUGCUUUGAGGAAAGAGCCUUCUCGGCUGGCCUGGCAUUUAUUACACCCAGGAGGAAGUCCCCCUCCUUCAGAGCAGUUUCUAUCUCUUAGGUGGCUUUCAAACUCUCCUUUCGCCAGGAUGCUGAGUUUUCUAAGACCACCCUCUUUAGUUUGGGGUGUGUGUGCGUGUUUUGCUUCUGUCUAGGGGCCUUCCAGGUGGCGCUUCUGAGCAGUGCUUGGUCAGUUGGGCCAGUGGUUCAGUGCCAGAGCCCAAGAGUAUGGUGCUGCAUGGACUCUGUGGUGCCAGGGUCACCGGGGCCACCCCAGCAGUGCUUGGGGGCUUCCAGGCUAUACCCCGCUGGUGCCUGGAAGGUCGUGUGAUGCUGAGGAUUAAACCCAGGUCUGGCGUAUA